CUUUUCCGCCGUUAAAGUAUGUCUCGGGAAUUAAGGGAAAGUAAGAACGUUAACUAUAAACAAUUGCAUUGUGUGGGAAUGUCUAGCCCUAAUGUUACGGAGGAUGUGUUCAGUUUGGAGAAGGAGAUGACUCCAGUGAAGUCAAGAAGACUACAGAAAGUGGAGGAAAUUGAGUCGGAGGUCGACAGCAAUGACAGUGGUGAAAGCAGCGAGGAAGAUGAGGAGUUGCAGAGGUUAAAGAAGGAGUUGGCGAAAGUAAAGCGGAAAAAGAAGGAACAAAAGUCGCAGGAGAAGAAAGAAAAGAUCAGGAAGGAAAUAGAGAAGGAGAAAAAAGAGUUAAAGAAGAAAACGGAGAAACAAAAAGAGAACUUGCAUCCUGAAUAUGAUGCUGGUUUUCCUCUAACUACUCAAGAUCUACAUAUAUUUUGAGUUGGUUUGCUGUUUUGUCCUUUCAUUAUCUAUACACAUUUUGAAAGGAUGGAGCUUAUUUGAAGUGAGAAAAAAGAGUGAUCAUAGUAUGUCUGGUUUUUAUCAUCAUUAUAACUGUUUUGAUACUAGUUAUUAUUUUAUCUUUAAUUUUUUUUGGCGGCCUUGCAGGCUUGGCGGAUGUUUGCCAAAAAAUUUGGUUAUAUAUCUAUGUUUAUGUAUUUUCAUUUGUGUAUUUAAUUAUUUAUGAUAUAUUGUAUUUUGUAAUAUAUUGAAAAAAUAUUUAUAUCAGGCAAUACAAAUUAUACCUACUGACUUCCUUUUAUU